CAAAUGAUUCGAGAAAUGGAAAAGAUUUCUAUAUUAAAUGAAAAAUUACUAGUUGCUCAAAUGUCUUUAUUGAUGGAUGAUGAUUGUACUACACAAAUGGGUAUUGAAUAUUGUAGAAAUAGACUUAAAGAUGCAAAAAAUUAUGAAAUUAAAGCAGAAAAGGUACACUUCCGUUUCGUUAAAUAGAUUAUUUAUAAGAACAUGUCAAGGAUAUGGGUGUGGAUAUUGGUGUAGAAGCAAAUUAAUCCGUACCUAUACGUCCACGUCUACAUUCACCCUCAUCCAUCCACAUUCAUACUCACCCCCCAUACUCACACUUCAAGAAAUAGCAAAUAUCGCAUUGUUUUUUUUACUUUAGGUCUCGAUGAACAUAUCGAAGGUGAAAAUCUCAAAGAAGAUCGCUGUGAAAUCGCCAUCUCCUACGUCUAUCGAUUGACGAAUAAAUAUUCGGGUUCGAAUCAUACAUUAGUAGCCUUCUUAUUUAAUAAGGAAGCAAGCGAUAUCGAAAUGGAUCUAGUUCAAGGGUUUGGAAUUGAAUACUGGCGCUUUAUUUGUUUGGCUGAUAAUAAAUCCGAAAUACGACGUCUCAUGAUGUUAUGA